GUGGCGUCGCCAUAGUUCGGUGAGUCGGAAAGGAAAAGCGAGGGUAGUCGAGAGCUGUUCCGUAGUCUAAAGAGUUUCUUCUUUAUCAGCUGAGGACCAACCAUGGUUUGCAUUCCCUGCAUCGUCAUUCCCGUCCUUCUCUGGGUUUACAAGAGAUUCCUUGAACCCAUUAUUUAUCCAUUCAUCUCUCCAGUCAUUAGCCGGUUCUGGCCAAAGAAAGCUGUAGAAGGAAAAGACAAGGACAGGGGUGGUUCAAAAAGUAAUGAAAAGACCAAUGGAACGUGCAAGACCAAUUGUUGCAGUGAUGUCAAAGCUUCUACUGCCAAUGGACAAACUGCAGUUUCAGAUAAAAAGACUGAUUAGUAUUACCAAUCACAGCAUGGGAAGAAUGGAUUUACUAAUAUUUUUAGGAAUUUGAAUUGUAUAGUAAAAUUAUUUUAAUGUACAUUAAUACAGAGCAGACUUCAGUUUUAUUGAAUGAUUUCUUACCUAGCUUUAUACAUAUGCUGUAUGGUUUAAAUUAUAUGCUCAUUAAAGAAAAUCAGUUUUUUUGCCAUUUAGCAUAUCGGGUGUGAUUUGUAUUGAAUGCUAGUGUCAGCUUUAUUAGAUAAUGCAUUUGGGUAUAGGUAGUUGUGCAUUUGAGUAUAGUUAAAUUUCAUAAUGUAUCUUGCUAGUUUUCAAAAUCCUUCCUCUGUUUCACCAUGACUUUUGGUAUUUAUCAAUGCAACUGAU